AUGUAUGUGGACCGCAGCAUCAACAAGGACGACUACAACCUCUUCAGCUGUCUCUCCAGGUCCGUUACAGAGGACACGUCUUCUGCCAUCGGCCCCUUAAGCACUUAACCCCUGAAACUGCUCCAGGGGCACUGCACCCUAGCUGAUCCUGGUCUUUUAACCUCUCUCUCUCUGUCCCUCUGUCUGUCUGUCCCUCUGUCCCUCUGUCUGUCCCUCUGUCCCUCUGUCUGUCUGUCCCUCUGUCUGUCUGUCUGUCUGUGUGUGUGUGUGUGGUUUCUGUUCUCAACUAGUAAAGCAGCAGUUGGAACCUGUUCAGGGAACCGAAUACCGGAAAAUAAAUAAAUUUUUAGAGGAACGCAAUCAGAACCAGGAUCAAACGUGAUCUAUACUGUUCCGGGAACAGAACUGUUAUUUUAAAAGCAUGGGAACCGGUUAAUAACGUUCUUUUACAUUCCAGGCAUUUUUUUCAGUCCUACAAAAAAAUGCAACAGGGCGCUUAUUCUUCUUACAUUUUAGUCAUUUAGCAGACGCUCUUAUCCAGAGCGACUUACAGUUAGUGAGUGCAUACAUUAUUUUUUUCAUACUGGCCCCCCAUGGGAAUCGAACCCACAACCCUGGCAUUGCAAACGCCAUCCCUGCCGGCCAAACCCUCCCCUACCUUGGACAAUUGUGCGCCGCCCCCAUGUCUCCCGGUCGCGGCCGGCUACGACAGAGCCUGGAUUCGAACCAGGAUCUCUAGUGGCACAGUUAGCACUGCGAUGCAGUGCCUUAGACCACUGCGCCGCUCAGGAGGUUAUCUUCUUCACUAGGAACCCCUGGCUCGCAGGCUGGAUCUGUCUGAUCCUGUCUAUUCUGGUUCUCAUCUGGAUCUGCUGUGCUACCAUGGCGAUAACUGUUACUUUUUAUUUUUUAUUUUUUUUAAUUCAGUAAAUAUUCUCUUAACUCUAUUUCUUGAACUGCAUUGUUGGUUAAGGGCUUGUAAGUAAGCAUUUCACCUGUUGUAUUCGGCGCAUGUGACAUUUGAUUUGAUGGCGACUGCUGUAGUUCAAUACAUCCCAGCUGAGGGAAGUCUUCCCCUAGGCCGAAAAUAUGAGUAUUAGUGUUCUAAUAUCCCAUAACUCUUUGCGUAAAUGCAAAAACAAAGGGAUAUGAAAGAAAAAAAUGUUGUCUUUGUAGAAACUGAGUAUCUAUUGAGAUAUGAAGGAACCAAAGUCAUUCAAUAUUGAAAAUAAAACUUUUCCGUCUGUAGAAACUGAGUAUCUAUGGAUACAUGGAGUACGCCAAGGACAACAGGCUGCUGACCCCUUACCCAGCAUCCUCUCUGGUCAUCAUCACCUCCGGGCCGGGGCAGGAUGAGGAGGCUGGACCACUCCCUUCCAAAGUCAACCUGGACCAGUCCAACGUCUAA